UCCAUCCCCUCCUCUUCCCUCUCCUUCCUCCUCCUCCUCCUCCUCCUCCUUCACGCUGCACUCACGCGUGCGCACACACACCGACCCACAACGACACACACCCCGGAGCGCGCACACAGCCCCCACCCACCCACACACACACACACACACACACAAGCACACACCCCAGACCUCGCCCGGCUGCUGCUAUUGGAUUGACUUUGAAGGUUGCCUGCCAGCGUGGGCUUCGUCCGCGGCGGCCGCACGUCGGAUCAGGUGGAGAACCUUUGCAAGGCUGGAGGAAGAAGUCAGAAAUUAUUGCGCCUUUUUUUUGGCUUCUGCCGAGAAAGGAAAAUAGCCCCGGGACUAGUCCCAUCGGGGGUCUCUCUCAUCAGGAACGAAUGCAGGGGUCUGUGAACUGAGUAGUGGAAGUGCAGAAGAAGGAGAUUUGUUUUGAGGAAACGGGAAAGAGAAGGAAAAAAGAAGGAAAAAAUACAUAAUUUCAGGGACGAGAGAGAGAAGAAAAACGGGGACUAUGGGGAGAAAAAAGAUUCAGAUCACGAGGAUUAUGGAUGAACGUAACAGACAGGUGACAUUUACAAAGAGGAAAUUUGGGUUAAUGAAGAAGGCUUAUGAGCUGAGUGUUCUGUGUGACUGUGAGAUUGCUCUAAUCAUCUUCAACAGUACCAACAAACUGUUCCAGUAUGCCAGUACUGAUAUGGACAAAGUGUUGCUGAAAUAUACGGAAUACAAUGAACCACAUGAGAGUCGGACAAAUUCAGACAUUGUUGAGACGUUGAGAAAGAAAGGACUUAAUGGCUGUGACAGUCCCGACCCCGAUGCAGACGAUUCAGUAGGUCACAGCCCUGAGUCUGAGGACAAGUACAGGAAAAUUAAUGAAGAUAUUGAUCUAAUGAUCAGCAGGCAAAGAUUGUGUGCUGUUCCGCCACCCAACUUUGAGAUGCCAGUUUCUAUCCCAGUGUCCAACCACAACAGCUUGGUAUAUAGUAAUCCAGUCAGCUCACUGGGCAACCCCAACCUCUUGCCACUGGCCCACCCUUCCUUGCAGAGGAAUAGCAUGUCUCCAGGUGUGACACAUCGGCCCCCAAGUGCAGGUAACACGGGUGGUCUGAUGGGUGGGGACCUUACAACCGGUGCAGGCACCAGUGCAGGGAAUGGGUAUGGCAACCCCCGAAACUCACCAGGUCUGCUGGUCUCACCUGGUAAUUUGAACAAGAAUAUGCAAGCGAAAUCUCCUCCACCGAUGAAUCUGGGGAUGAACAACCGUAAACCAGAUCUCCGAGUCCUGAUUCCACCCGGAAGCAAGAAUACGAUGCCAUCAGUGUCUGAGGAUGUCGAUCUGCUUUUGAAUCAAAGGAUAAAUAACUCCCAGUCUGCUCAGUCAUUGGCUACUCCAGUGGUUUCCGUAGCAACUCCUACUUUGCCAGGGCAAGGAAUGGGAGGAUACCCAUCAGCCAUUUCAACAACAUAUGGUACUGAGUACUCACUGAGUAGUGCUGAUUUAUCAUCUCUGUCUGGGUUUAACACAGCCAGUGCUCUUCAUUUGGGCUCAGUGACUGGCUGGCAACAGCAGCAUCUGCAUAACAUGCCACCGUCUGCCCUCAGUCAACUGGGAGCUUGCACUAGCACUCAUGUAUCUCAGAGUACAAAUCUCUCCCUGCCUUCUACUCAAAGCCUCCACAUCAAGUCAGAACCUGUUUCUCCUCCUAGAGACCGAACCACCACCCCCUCGAGAUACCCACAGCACACGCGCCACGAGGCGGGGAGAUCUCCUGUUGACAGUUUGAGCAGCUGUAGCAGUUCGUACGACGGGAGCGACCGAGAGGAUCACCGGAACGAAUUCCACUCCCCCAUUGGACUCACCAGACCUUCGCCGGACGAAAGGGAAAGUCCCUCAGUCAAGCGCAUGCGGCUCUCUGAAGGAUGGGCAACAUGAUCGAAUGAUCACCUACUA